AAUCGCUAUUGUUUUGUUUGGAGAAGAAAAAGACAGUCCAGAUGUUUCAUGUUUAGAGAGUCGCUGUCAAACACUGAGAUAUCCUUAAAAAUCUUUACUUUUUAAUGCAUUUUAAUAUUUUUUUUUCCUGAUGCAAAAUUGCUUUUGCAAUAGAGUUGUUGUUGUUUUUUUUCUGUGAAUAAUGAAAAUAGUAUUUUUUUAAUAUUUUCUCCCGAAAGCGUUGAGAAAGAACUGAACCAGAGAUCAAAGAAUGGAGCUUCGGCUUUUAAUUGGAAAGCUUGUCUUGUUGAGUUUGUUUGUGCUCUGGGAUGUUAGUGAUUCUGUUCACACUCGUCAGGACGCGAAACUUCAGCACAGCGAUGAGAACGUAAUCAAUCUCUUGGAGGCUCUUAACGUUGCUCACUCUCGUCGAGGGGUUUCCAAGGCCAAAGGUCGUGACGCAGGAACACCAGCCUGGCGGUUCCGAUCCAGCGUGCCUCAUCUCACACUUCCACCGGAUUUAUCGCGGUACUUUCUAUCCACCUCACAGGGUGUACUGGGUUUGCACCUGGUGGGCCGACAGAGCAGAGUCUCGGAAGCCACCCUGAUCUCCUUCACCUCCCCAUCUGAUCUGCAACGAGAUGGACGCCCCCUGCUGGAGCUCACCUCUAACAGCCGUGAAGACUGGCUGCAGCUGGAGUUCAGGUCAGUGGACGGCCUACGACCACAGGUGGUGAAGAUUCCAGGUGGAAGUCCGUUCACAGGUGGUGCUUGGGUGAGAAUAGCUCUGAGUGUGGAACCCAGGCAGGUGCUUCUGUUUCUGGAGUGCCAGGAGGCCGUGGUGCUCAAACUGAAAGAAGGGGGUCGAAUAUUGACUCUGGACUUCCCACAGGAUCUGCAGAUUACAUUCUCCAGCACUGCAGGAAACAAGGCCAGCAAGUUCAAAGGUCUUUGGCAGACUGCUGAACUCUCCACAAGGAUAUUUGAGAGGCGUCCAUGGUUCUGUGACAAUGUACCAGACUCCCUCCCUCACCCGGUUCAAGCACAAGAUCCAGUCCAGCCCAACGGUCUGCCUCUGUCACCCAUCUCUGACAUGGAUAUGAUGCAGGACCAGGGAGACCUUGGAAGUGAAGCAGAUUUAGGACCCCCCAGGCAUCCCUUAUCGACUUAUCAAUAUACUGAGCAACUGGAGGCCAACCUGCAUGGCAUCAACACCAUGCUGAACAUACUAAAGAAUCAGAACGCUAUCCUGCAGGCGCGAGUCAAGCACUUGGAAACACACGAGUGUGUGAGGCAGAAGUGUGUUUGGGAAGGCCGACAGAUGGAGGAGGGCUCUCGUUGGUCGCUUGACAGUCGCACAGUGUGUUUGUGCACCAAUGGGAAGGUUCAGUGUGACCACUCAAGUGAAUGCAGCUUUCAUGGCAAUAUCUAUAGCAAUGGGGAUGUCUUCAGUCCAGAUGACUGCUCUAAGUGUACAUGUGGGAGUAGAAGAGUGGAAUGUGAUGUGAUUUCAUGCUCAUCACUGUCUUGUUUACAAACAUUUGUUCCUCUGGGAUCCUGCUGUCCUCUCUGCGAAACAAGAUGUGAACAUGAGGGUGAAAUCCAUGAGAACGGUGAUGUGUUUGCAUCUAGAUCGAACCCCUGUCUCAAAUGCUCCUGUUCUAACAGUCGGGUGUCAUGUGACCCCAUUCAGUGUCCACCCACCCUGUGCCCCAAUCCAUACAGGAGACCUGGGGAGUGCUGCCCGACCUGCUCCGCAUGUGAUGUUGACGGUCAACCGUACAAUGGCUCUUACAGCACAGUCGAUGGCUGCCAGACCUGCACAUGUCAGGGUGGGAAACAAGCGUGUGCUGACGUGCAUCAGUGUCCCCAGAUGUGUCGUGAUGGUGUGAAGCUUCCAUUUGGCUCCUGCUGCAGAGAUUGUUCCCGUUGUAACUAUGAGGGGCAAAUUUUCCUAGACGGCGUCUCUCUCCAAGUCGCCCGUGACCCCUGCAAACACUGUGUGUGCAACAGAGGGAAUAUAGUGUGCAACACUGAGACCUGUCCGGCUCUUGACUGUAAUUUGGUGGAGACUGUUGGUGGACAGUGCUGCCCCAGGUGUCGAAGUUGUUUCGAAGACAAUGUAUGGCACUUGCAUGGCUCUCAGUGGAAACACCCUAAUGACCCCUGCAUGGACUGUACAUGCACGGAGGGCCAAGUUCACUGUGUCAGAGCACUGUGUGAAGUCCGCUGUAGUAAUCCGGCCUCUCCUCAUCCUGGAUCCUGCUGCCCUGUCUGUGAUGGUUGUAGGGUGAAUGGAGUAGACAUCCCAAAUGGGCAAAGACUGCCGCCAGGGCCCCAGUGUGAGGGUGACUGUAUCUGUGAGCGGGGUAGCAUGAGAUGUCAUCAGGAGAGAUGCCCUGCCCCUAAUUGUGCAAACCCAAUUCCCCCUCAACAUAAUUCCUGCUGUCCAACGUGCAGUGGAUGUGUAUGGAAUGGUUUUCAGUAUAUGGAAGGAGAAACAUGGACUGACGCUGGACGAAGCUGUUCUUGUGUUGGUGGUCAGGUGACAUGCGGUGAUAGAUGUGCACAAGCUCCUUCACCACCCUGUGCAGAACCAGCCAGAACACCAGGAUGCAUGUGGAAUGGUGUUGUGUAUGCUGAAGGAGAAACAUGGACUGAUGCUGGACGAAGCUGUUCUUGUGUUGGUGGUCAGGUGACAUGCGGUGAUAGAUGUGCACAAGCUCCUUCACCACCCUGUGCAGAACCAACCAGAACACCAGGAUGCAUGUGGAAUGGUGUUGUGCAUGCUGAAGGAGAAACAUGGACUGAUGCUGGACGAAGCUGUUCUUGUGUUGGUGGUCAGGUGACAUGCAGUGAUAGAUGUGCACAAGCUCCUUCACCACCCUGUGCAGAACCAGCCAGAACACCAGGAUGCAUGUGGAAUGGUGUUGUGUAUGCUGAAGGAGAAACAUGGACUGACGCUGGACGAAGCUGUUCUUGUGUUGGUGGUCAGGUGACAUGCGGUGAUAGAUGUGCACAAGCUCCUUCACCACCCUGUGCAGAACCAACCAGAACACCAGGAUGCAUGUGGAAUGGUGUUGUGCAUGCUGAAGGAGACACAUGGACUGAUGCUGGACGAAGCUGUUCUUGUGUUGGUGGUCAGGUGACAUGCGGUGAUAGAUGUGCACAAGCUCCUACACCACCCUGUGCAGAACCAGCCAGAACACCAGGAUGCAUGUGGAAUGGUGUUGUGCAUGCUGAAGGAGAAACAUGGACUGAUGCUGGACGAAGCUGUUCUUGUGUUGGUGGUCAGGUGACAUGCGGUGAUAGAUGUGCACAAGCUCCUUCACCACCCUGUGCCGAACCAACCAGAACACCAGGAUGCAUGUGGAAUGGUGUUGUGCAUGCUGAAGGAGACACAUGGACUGAUGCUGGACGAAGCUGUUCUUGUGUUGGUGGUCAGGUGACAUGCGGUGAUAGAUGUGAACAAGCUCCUACACCACCCUGUGCAGAACCAGCCAGAACACCAGGAUGCAUGUGGAAUGGUGUUGUGCAUGCUGAAGGAGAAACAUGGACUGAUGCUGGACGAAGCUGUUCUUGUGUUGGUGGUCAGGUGACAUGCAGUGAUAGAUGUGCACAAGCUCCUUCACCACCCUGUGCAGAACCAACCAGAACACCAGGAUGCAUGUGGAAUGGUGUUGUGCAUGCUGAAGGAGACACAUGGACUGAUGCUGGACGAAGCUGUUCUUGUGUUGGUGGUCAGGUGACAUGCAGUGAUAGAUGUGCACAAGCUCCUUCACCACCCUGUGCAGAACCAGCCAGAACACCAGGAUGCAUGUGGAAUGGUGUUGUGUAUGCUGAAGGAGAAACAUGGACUGAUGCUGGACGAAGCUGUUCUUGUGUUGGUGGUCAGGUGACAUGCGGUGAUAGAUGUGCACAAGCUCCUUCACCACCCUGUGCAGAACCAGCCAGAACACCAGGAUGCAUGUGGAAUGGUGUUGUGCAUGCUGAAGGAGACACAUGGACUGAUGCUGGACGAAGCUGUUCUUGUGUUGGUGGUCAGGUGACAUGCGGUGAUAGAUGUGCACAAGCUCCUACACCACCCUGUGCAGAACCAGCCAGAACACCAGGAUGCAUGUGGAAUGGUGUUGUGUAUGCUGAAGGAGACACAUGGACUGACGCUGGACGAAGCUGUUCUUGUGUUGGUGGUCAGGUGACAUGCGGUGAUAGAUGUGCACAAGCUCCUUCACCACCCUGUGCAGAACCAACCAGAACACCAGGAUGCAUAUGGAAUGGUGUUGUGUAUGCUGAAGGAGAAACAUGGACUGAUGCUGGACGAAGCUGUUGUUGUGUUGGUGGUCAGGUGACAUGCAGUGAUAGAUGUGCACAAGCUCCUUCACCACCCUGUGCAGAACCAGCCAGAACACCAGGAUGCAUGUGGAAUGGUGUUGUGCAUGCUGAAGGAGACACAUGGACUGAUGCUGGACGAAGCUGUUCUUGUGUUGGUGGUCAGGUGACAUGCGGUGAUAGAUGUGCACAAGCUCCUUCACCACCCUGUGCCGAACCAACCAGAACACCAGGAUGCAUGUGGAAUGGUGUUGUGCAUGCUGAAGGAGACACAUGGACUGAUGCUGGACGAAGCUGUUCUUGUGUUGGUGGUCAGGUGACAUGCGGUGAUAGAUGUGCACAAGCUCCUUCACCACCCUGUGCAGAACCAGCCAGAACACCAGGAUGCAUGUGGAAUGGUGUUGUGCAUGCUGAAGGAGAAACAUGGACUGAUGCUGGACGAAGCUGUUCUUGUGUUGGUGGUCAGGUGACAUGCGGUGAUAGAUGUGCACAAGCUCCUUCACCACCCUGUGCAGAACCAGCCAGAACACCAGAUGCGGAGUGCUGCAACCCUUGCGGUCAGUGCCAGUAUAAACGGCGCAUCUAUGAAAAUGGCCAAACCUUCACUGAUCCGGACGACGCCUGUGUGAAAUGCACCUGUCAGGCUGGCCAAGCAAUAUGUGGCAUGCCUGGUUGUAAAGAAGUGUCCUGUUCUAAUCCAUACACUCCCCCUGGAGAGUGCUGCCCACGCUGCCCAGACUGUGAAUAUGAUAACCGCACCUUUACUAAUGGUGCAACAUUUACGAAUCCUGAGAAUCUGUGUGAGGAUUGUGUUUGCACUGAUGGACGUAUGAACUGUAGAAGUCAUGAGUGCCCAAGACCAAACUGCAAUAAUCCUCGGCCAGGGACAUGCUGCCAGAAUAACUGCAAUGGAUGUAGAUAUGCCGGUAAUGACUAUCCAAAUGGAAUUGAAUUUCCUCAUCCCACGGACAGAUGCAAAACUUGCCAUUGCACCAAUGGUAAUAUCCGGUGUUUGAUGAAGCGGUGUCCAGCAGUGCAGUGUGCUGACCCUUAUGUUCAUCCAGGAGAGUGCUGUCCGCAGUGUCCAGCAUCCCCUCUACAGCAUCCCCCUCAUUGUGUUGUUGAAGCGCAGUUUUACAGGCAUGAACAGCAGUUCAACCAUCCCACCGGCAGCUGUCAAUCAUGCCUCUGCACCAAUGGGUCUGUGAACUGCCGGCGCAGGCCCUGCCCCUCCGCUGUCUGCUCACAUCCCAUAAUUCAAGAGUGCUGUCGCACAUGUGACGGCUGUCUGUAUGGAGGGAGGGAAUACGCUAAUGGCGCCACAUUUGAGGAUGCGUCAGACCCGUGCCGGACUUGUUUUUGUCGUGAUGGGACAGUCAGAUGUGAGUGGAAGUACUGUCAGCACAUUGCUUGUCCCUUUCCUGUUCAGGGAGAGUGCUGCCCACACUGUGAUGGCUGCCGCUAUGCUGGCGUUGAAUAUGUGAACGGUCAGGAGUUUGCAGAUCCUGCUGACCACUGCAGUCAUUGCGUGUGCGCGAGUGGUCAUGUGAACUGCAAUCGAAGGCCGUGUCACAUCCCAGGAUGUAGCCACCCCAUUUCCCGUCCAGACCAGUGCUGUCCCGUGUGUGAUGGCUGUCUGUUCCAUGGAAGAGUUUAUGCCAAUAGCGAGGUAUUUCCAUCACCCACAGCAUCCUGUGAGGAGUGCAGAUGUUCGAAUGGCAGCGUGUCAUGCACACCUGUGUCCUGUCCAGAGGCGCCCUGCAGGCGGCCUGUGCAUCCUCCAGGAGAGUGUUGUCCCGUGUGCACUGGGAUGUGUGAACACCAGGGACAGGUGCAUGAGUCCGGCUCCACAUUCACUCCAGCCAACGACCAGUGUUCUACCUGCACAUGCCUGCUGGGACAUAUCGAGUGUGAUUUGCAGGAGUGUCCUCCUCUCGAUUGUCCAGAUGGAUCAGUCAAAGUGAAGAAUCCUGGGAAAUGCUGUCCCGAGUGCACAGGUAUCACAGCUGGAAUGUGUGUGUAUAAGGGACAGCUGUACAGCCACAAUGAUCACUGGGAUGUGGAUGAGUGUACGAUCUGCACCUGUAUGUCUGGAGACGUGCACUGCCGAACUGAGAGAUGCCCAACACUUACAUGUCCCUCGGAUGAAACCCCAGCUCUGGUUCCUGGAAUGUGUUGUCCUCACUGCAUUCCUCAUCCUGCCACCUGUAUCGUGUUUGGAGAUCCUCACUACCGAACAUUCGAUGGCAAGAUGGUGAACUUCCAGGGGACGUGUACAUACGUUCUGGCUGAGGACUGUAAUGGUGGAGACUUCAGUGUCCGUGUGUCUAAUGAGGAGAGAGGACGUAAAGGAGUGUCUUGGACUAAAGAGGUGACGGUGUUUAUCGGUGAUGUUGUGGUACAGCUGUUUCAGGACUGGCUUGUCAAGGUUGAUUAUCAAACCGUCUCCCUGCCAUUCCUUAAAGAGCCAUAUGUUUACCUGGAGCGUAUGACCAACACUAUUCUUCUCAACACCAAUGUUGGGCUGAAGGUGUUAUGGAAUGGGCGUUCUCAUCUGGAGGUAAGCGUUCCUGGUACCUAUAUGAAUCACAUGUGUGGUCUGUGUGGGAACUUCAACAACUACCCUCAGGACGACAUGACACUACGCAACGGACAAAUCACCAACUCUGAAGCAGCGUUUGGAAACAACUGGAAGGUGGGCAGCGGAUCUCUCGCUAAUGUUCAGUGUCCUGACGCGCAGAACAUCAACCCGUGUAAGGAGGCAGGCUACAGGGCACAGAGGACAGCAAACGCUCACUGCGCCGUGCUGAAGUCGCCCAUGUUUGAGCGCUGCCAUAAGGUGGUGCCGCCCGAGAUGUUCUUCGCUUCAUGUGUGUAUGAUCUGUGUGCCUGCGACUCCAACAUGGACGAGUGUGUGUGUGACGUGCUGGAGGCUUACGCGUCUGAGUGCCGCAAAGCUGGAGUUAUCCUGCAGUGGAGAUCACCUACACUCUGCGCUAUUGGUUGUCCACUGGAACGAGGUUAUGUGUUUGAUGAAUGUGGGCUGCCUUGCCCUAAGACGUGCUUUAAUAAAGACAUCCCGUUGGGUGUGAUCGAGGCUCACUGCUUUAAACCCUGUGUGCCAGGAUGCCAGUGCCCAGCCGGACUGGUAGAACACAACGCCCACUGUAUCGCCCCUGAAAAAUGCCCUAAAAUUAUCCACGGCAACUCAUGAGGCCCACAAAUGUCACAUGGAUCCAAAUCAGUUCCUUAACGUUACAAAGUCUAAGUCUCAUUGAUAUGUGCUUUCCAAAUAAACUUGAGAUAUGAUGAACCAAAAUAUGUUUUUAAAGUCAACACUGACCCUUUUAACUUUCUUAAUACAAAUUUCUGGUUUUAUUGUGGACACCAGUGUAUGUUAUUAAAAAUAUGUUUGCCAAGAAUCCCUUUUACUCUGGUAUGGAACACCCACUUUUCACGAUCCAGUCAAUUUCUGGUGAAUAUCAUCAAGUUUAACCCCUACAUUUUUUCUCAUUUAAGAUUUCCCUGUUUUACUCAUUGUUUACUUCAGAUUAUGGAAGUUGUGAGAGUUGUGAACAGUGUUUCAUGUAGACUUUAAAUUGCUUGCCCUUCGGGAACAGUUUAGCUUUAUAGCUCAAAACGUUGAGACAUUACUAUUUAAACAAUCUUGUACUGCAAACUGCAUAAGACUUUUGUUUUAUUGGUGCUUCUGUCUGUAAGUGAUUCUUACUGAUUUUAAGACACUGUGUUAACCUGUGUUGAACUUUGGUUAUUAAAGCUCUUCAGCUUUACUGUAUGUAAUUUCUGCGGCACUAGUGCCACAAAACAGAAUUGCAAAAAUAAACGUUUUCAAAUGAAACAAUGUUUCA